GUGAGCGCUGGGGAGUUCCAGGAGGAGGGAGCUGAGGAGGAGGAGGAGGAGGAGGAGGAGGGGAUGUUCCUUGCCCUGUGCGGCUUGUCCCUCCGCCUUCAUCCGUCACGGCCCUAGAGCCGUCCCGGGGCUGCCGAUCCCGCCCGGGGCUGCCGAUCCUGCCCGGGGCUGCCGAUCCCGCCCGGGGCUGCCGAUCCCGCCCGGGGCUGCCGAUCCCGCCCGGGGCUGCCGAUCCCGCCCGGGGCUGCCGAUCCCGCCCGGGGCUGCGCCAGCUGCGGGCACCCAACCCCCCGCCCCGUGCCCGGCCUGCUGCCAGCCUCGGCAUCAUGAAGGCGGCGUCGCUCCAGGUCCUGCUGGUGGUGAAGCUCUUGUGCCUGGUGUCCCUGGCCGGAGGGCAGCCCAAAGCAGCUGUGAGGUGCUCAAGGGAGUGCAAAAGCUUCACCUCCAAAGUAGAGGCCAAGAGGAUAAAGAGCUACCACAGGACUGAAGCCAGCUGCAAGAAGCAAAGCAUCAUCCUGGUGACGCUGCGGCUGGCGGAGCUCUGCGCGGAUCCGGAGGCGGAGUGGGUGCAGGAGGUGCUGGAGCGGCUGGAGCGGGACAGAGCUGCAGCCUCAGCAGAACACCCUGGGGGUGUCCAGAAGCUUGUCGGAGCCACUACGCAGCCUGCCCCCCGGCCGGGCUCGGGCACCGCACUCGUUCCUGCCGCCUCGACCCCCAGCACGCCCCCCCGGGACACCCCCGCACAGCUCCCCGCGGGCUCAGCCUCGGCCACGCCGGAGGCUGCUGCCCGCUCUCAGGUCGCUCCAGGAGCAGGCAGAGACUCCUUGAGGUCGCCCUCAGCAGCAGGCAUGCCCUGCAGCCUGCCCACCCCUGCUCCGCACGGCUUUGCCAGCGCCCUGGGCACUGCCGCCCGCGCUGCCGGGCACGCUGCAGGGGCUGGGGGUCCCAGCUCCCAUUCGGACCCCCCGGCCCUCACCGAAGGCUCAGCCCUCCCUGAGCUCCCCACAAGCGAGCCCCCAGCGCCCCCCGGUGCCAGAGCCGAGGCGCCAGGCACCGCCGCUGGCAGCCCUGGCUCGGAGCUCUCCGUCCCGGGCAGCGUGGAGCUGGGCACAGCCAGAGCCCCAGCAGAGACUGCUUCAGCUUCUCCUCACAGCCCCACGGCUGGCACAGCUGGCACAGGCAGAGCCCCAGCGCUGCCAGCAGAGACUGCUUCAGCUUCUCCUCACAGCCCCACGGCUGGCACAGCUGGCACAGGCAGAGCCGCUGCUGCCCACGCCAGCAGGGCUGCCAGCUCCCCUGCAGCUGCUCCUGCUGGCAGAACCUCUGCAGACCCAGCAGCCUGCACUGCCCAGGCCUCCUCGGGCUGUGCCAGGGCGCAGGUGCCCACAGCCAGCCCAAGCCAUGCUGCCAGCCUCUUGCCCAGCUCCCAGCUGGCCGUGGCAGCCGCCGUGGUAAGUGCCCUGAUGGUCUGUGCUGUAGCUGUGGCAUGGCUCUACCUGAAGUUUGGCCUCAAAACAGAGGAGGUGGCAGGAGAGAUGGUGCAGGGCUUGCUCUACCAGAGGGCAGGGCAGCCGAACGCUGCCUACCCCAUGGAAGUGGUCUGAAGCUCUGCUGGGGGACACUGGUGUGGCUUGGCCUGAAGCAGAUAGGCUGAAGCCUGUGCUGGGCUGGGGGGACCAGCAGGAAGCCAAGCAGGGGAUAAAAGCCCUGGGGAUGAGAGGAGCUCCUCACAGGGCAGAAGCUCAAGAGCCAGCUCUGGUUUGCCACUGCCCAGGGCGCUGGGGUGGUCCCAGCCCCCUGGCACCGCUGCCCCCACAAGGGCUCCUCCAGAGCUGCCUGGUGCCCAGAAGUGACUCUGGGCAGCAUUCGCCUGCAUUUCACCGUGGCCCCCCCCGAGGAGUCUGCCCUGAGCCCACCCUGCUGGGCUUGGCCACCUGCAGACGUCUACACCCCAGAGCCACUCCACUUGCACCUCCCCAGCCUCUGCUGCUGCCUCCUUUGCACUUGGGCUCAGAUGAAGACUGCUGCUGGACCUCCUUGGGCUGAGCCAUUGACUCUUGCUGGGGCCCUGAGGGCUGCCCUGGGCACUCAGGCAGAGGUGGCAACCUCCACCCCCACCUCAGCUGCUUAGAGGCCUGAAGAUGAGUGCUGCAAACUUCAUGUCCAGAAGUUGCUGGCAACCCUCACCCCAUCUCCUCCUGCCACACCUUUGCCCUGCCCUUCUUGCCCACUUCACUCUGGGGCCAAUCCAGCUGCAGCAAAGCCCUUCUGUGCCCAGCAGCAGGGCAGGAUGCCACAGGGGAGCCUUCACAGGGUGGGGGGGAGGAGGCAAGAAGUCAGCUGUGAGCAUUUCGCUGCUCCUGUGGCAACCUGGGAGGGGUUUUUGCUCUCCUCUGCAAGCACAACAGUCAGGAAAGGCUCCCUGGGAGGAGCAGCCCAAGGCAGCUCUGGCUGUGGGCAUGUGCCACAGGUGCCAGCCUUUUGCCCUCUAGGAACAGGCAUUUUGCCCACAUGAUGAAAGCCCCAAACCCCCUGCCCAUGGCCCUGCACUUUGCCACGUUGUAGUUACUGGGGGGGGGGGGAGGGGUUGGCUAGCACUGACCAUCAUUAAAGCACUGUGCCAGCACCAGGCCUUCCUGACCCCAGACUUGGCUUGGGCUUGGCACCUCUGAUGGGGCUGGGGUUGGGUUUUGUACCUCUGAUGUGGUUUUGGUUUGGGCUUGGCACCUCUGAUGGGGCUGGGGUUGGGUUUUGUACCUCU